GUAGGUGACAUCAGUCUGGGCAAGGUGAUGACGGAAGAAAAGUGGGAGCAGCGAUGUGUGUUUGGCAGCGAGGGAAGCCGUCCAGGAGAGUUCUUCGGGGCUUGGGACAUUGCUGCUCGUCAGCCUGAUGAGGUUGCAGUGGCUGAAAUCUGGAACAAACGAGUUGCGAUCUGCAGCAUCGAUGGUAACCAGAAAAGCACAAUCCCGAUGGAAAGAUGGGCACGUGGCAUUGCAGCUACACGCACCGGCAAUCUCUUGGUGGUUGUUGAGCACAGCGCAUCUUACGUGAAAGUCUUUGACAAGGACAAUACGCUGGCUUUCCAGUUCCCCACAGUGCCACCGAGUGAGGUUGAUAAGACCGCAGUGGACCUCCAGAGUGUAGCAGCCAAGACGGAUGGGACCAUUGUGGUUGGUGAUGUCAAGAGGAUGGUGCUGACCGAACACAGCCCCACUGAUGGCGAACUCAGAAGCACCAUCCCAGUCAAGAUUAAACCUUGUUAUGUGGCUGUUGACAGCAAUGAUCGAGUUGUAAUCAGUGACUGUAAACAACAGUUAGUCGGUGUUGUUGGUACGAAUGGUGAUACACUGUUCACCAUCAAACCUACCAUCGAUGGUGAGGUAGUUAGACGCUGUACUGGUGUAUGCGCAGAUAGCACAGGCGUCUAUGUUGCAAUGCAUAAUGAUGAUGAGGACACCGGUCAUAUCCACCACUAUGACCCUCAAGGUGGCUUUCUCCACUGCAUCGCAGAGGGUCUGCACUAUCCCCUGGGAAUCACAUUCACAGCAGAUGGGCAACUGGCAGUUGCAGACUUUUACUCAGUGAAGAUUUAUGACUUUGUUUAAUGUAACACAAACAAAUCGAUUUCCUUCCGCUUUCUUCGGGAGGAAACAGCAAUACCAUUAGUCGGAAACGUUGCUGUGUGUACAACUUUUCAUGCAAUUUCAUGACUUAUUUUUUAAUAGAAAAUUAGACACACACAAAGGUUUCCGUAGGCUUACUGCAUAGUAAAAAAUUGGAAAGCAAACUACAUUAAAAUUUCGCUGAGAUGGGAUUCAAAAAUAUGGGAGCCACGUAAAGUGCUUAUCAUUUAAACAAAUUUCCUUUGUCAGUUUUGCAUUGUUCUCUGUAUUUUCUCACGACAUGUGAAUUAUUUUCAUGGUCCAUUUAACAGUAGUAAAUGUAUCCCAAUAUUGGUGAGUUGUGCCUACCGUGAGCGCUCACAGGAGAUAUGGGAAGUUGUUAGCUUGUCUCAUCAAAAGAAUCAGACUCAUUUUAAUGCAAACAUCUUGCAGGGGAUUAUCAAAUUGAGGAGAGUAUAAAAACUGCAAAAUAAUAUGUGAGGUCAAAUUGUUCUCAUUGAGAUUUACACAAAAUUUUAAUGUUCUCAAAAGCUUACUUUGUGUGAGUAGUGGGAUAGCGAAGGUCUCAUCAUUUAAAUGGUGAAGUACAUUUGUAAAAGUCGAUGUGGAACUCACAUUUGGAGGAAUAUUCCCCUCAUAACUAAACUGUCCCUUUGUGUUGAACUGCCUUAUUCUUAUUUGCGGUUGAAUGUAUAUUACGAAUUAAUACCUCGUUAAAAGAGGCCCAAUGUCACCAUUUGGAGGAGAGUUAUAUUGAUUCAUUUCCUUUGCAACUCCUUUCAAAAUAAAAAUCAUUUCGUUUUCUUUUGAACUCAAAUAUAAAAUGAACUCAAAUAUAAAAUGAUGGUUUUGUUAGAGAUUUAAAUGAUGUUUUUCUCUGUGGCAGAGGCAAAAGCAAGAUGAAAUGUAGGUUAUAAAAAUCUUUAUUGGCAAAGUGCUUAAUUUUUGUGGAUUUUAUUUAGGGCCUACAUAGUUUUAAUUACAGACAGCAACAAUAUUCCACUUACAGAAUAUAAACCUUUUCAAAGACUAUGCCUGAGUAUUAUGUAAAGGCUACAUGACCUUUUCGUUUUUUUUAAAUGUGAAUAUUUUUCAUGACGUAGGUAAUUGACAUUGUAAUGGUUAUUUGCAUAUCUUUAGGUAAAGUUGUCACUUUUCGGCUGACCUCCUUGAAUCUUUCCUGCACAAGGAACACGCAUCUAAACCUCUACCAAAUAAAAAAGCUAAGUCCCAAGACUAGUUUUUGACAGUGAACAGAUUUACUAGCUUAUCCGUAUGGCUGUAUAGUUGCCCCUUGUGCUAUGUAGUGAUACAAAGUAAGCCGUACGUUAUCAAUAAUAAAGAAGUCUUGGGGACGUAUCAAGAACCAGACCCGUUAUACGGCACGCAUCAAAAACUUCCUCUGGGCUCUCCAGGAAGUUUGUAAGAGAGCUCUUAAAGGGUGCCAUAAUUGAGGUUGUUUAAUUACUCCUGUUUGUUUGUCUGCGCGUGACAUAGGAUCUGGUUGUCAGCAACGAAAUCGGACAGUCUAAAGGAAAACCCUUUUGGGUAUUUUAUAAUUUUUGUGAUAAAGUCUGAAAUGUAGGGACAUUGCUGUUGCAGUGUGAAUAAAAUGUACGUAGUCUGUGUUUGAUAGAAGA